AUGUUUCCAUCGUGUUAUUCCAAGCAUAAGAAUGGCGCGUAUACAAAUACGCCUGUCACCAAGGUGGUCGCCGGCGUGUUUGCCGUGUAUAUGUUGCAUAUCUGCUGGGUCCUGAACGGAUUUGUAUACACAAAAGCCUGUAACACCAGCAAAAGUGACAAUUGCAUCACUCCGUAUCUCUCAAAACAUGCUCGGCUCAGCAUUUUUUCAACAGUAGAUCCCGGGGACGUGAAGGGACACAGCCUGAUACAUCAGCAGGAUGACUUUGAUUUCUACUCAAAAUUUGAGAGAACAGUGAAUGUGUCGCUCCCGGCGGAGGCCACCCAGAGCAAUGGGACCUUGUUUGCAGUCAUUUAUGUCCACGAUAGUGACGGGCCCCCCUGGGAGGACAGCCGGCAUGUGAGCUACGUCACAAGACUCACCUCCUUCACAACACCUCCUGCACCUGCGGUGGUGACUGCUGCACCGAAUGAGGAGACGGAGCAGGAGGAAGAGGAUGGGGAGCUGCAGAAGGCUUCUUCUCCUGGCUCGGUGCCCGCCGCUGCGGUCCCCGUCCUCCACUGGCACUCCCGUCUCUGCCUCAGCGUCAUGGCCGAGGGCUUCAGCUUCAAUAAGGGGGCCGUGCCCAGUGACAUCCGCCGACACAUGAAAGUGGUGGAAGAAGGGAAGAAGAAGAUGUAUCUACCCCUCAUGGUCGUAGAUGAGCUGCGGAUAAGACUCAGGGAUUUCAUUGAGAUCAACAAUUCUGUAGCUGAGGUCCACUUGACGUUGACGUAUGAAAACAUCUCCCUGAAGAAAUAUAGAUUAUGGAGCCAUUUAAGGGACGUGAUAUACUCUUUAAAACAAUUUGGAUUUACAGAGCAUCAAGUAGAUGAAAUCAAAGGUGUGAUCUCAGACACAAACCCAUAUGUGUUGGCUCUGACCAUUGCUGCAGCUGUAAUUAAUCUCCUGUGUGAGUUCCUUGCUAUUAAAAAUGACAUCAGCUUCUGGAGGAAGAAGACCACAAUGACGGGCAUGUCUAAAAGAUCAGUGGUGUGGCGCUGUUUCAGCACGCUGGUUAUUUUUCUGCACCUGGUGCAGGAGAAGGCCGGCUGGCUGCUCCUUGUCCCUGCUGGCAUGGGAGUGGUACUGGAGCUCUGGAAACUUAUAAAAGCCUUCAGCAUCCAGGAUGACAAGUUUGAGGAACCAGAGAGAGUGACCACAGGAUAUGAUUCUCAGGGAAUGAGAUUCCUGUCAUAUCUGCUUUGUCCGCUCUGCAUCAGUGGGGUGGCUUACUCCUGUCUGUACGUCAAGAAUAAAAGCUGGUCCUCUUGGCUUAUGGCCAGCCUUGUCACUGGAGUGUAUGCAUUCGGCUUCCUCUCUGGGUUCCCUCAGCUCUAUGUCAACUACAAGUUUCAGUCAAUUGAGCAUUUGCAGUCUUCAAUUUAUUUGUACAAGGGCACGAGUACCUUUCUUAACGACAUCCUCGGCACUGUUCUCAGCGUACCAACACACCCUUUGGCCUUCUUUAGAGAUGAUGUCACUUUCCUUCUUCACCUGUACCAGAGGAGAAUGUACCCCGUCAGGAAGACCAGAGGUCGAGAAUAUGGAGCGAGCUGUAGGCAGAGACUGAAAGGGAAAGCACAUGAGGAUUGAUCAUCCUCCCCUGGGGGUGGAGAAGGAGGCCAUUCCAAAGGAACCAAGGCAGUCAGACUAUUCCGAAUCUCGGAGGAAGUAUGACUGACUGACAUUAGAGGGUAGAAUUCAUUUCCUCAAACUCGCGUCGAUGCCUCUGACCUCCUGCCUUGUCUACUUGGAUGACGUUAGUUUUAUCCAGACACCCAAUUAACAUUCAGAUUACAAAUGUGAUAUAGCAUUGCUAGGGAAAAAUAAGCAAUUUUCAACUAAGUUCCAAAGUUGGUUUGACAACAAGGGUAUGUUUGUUUGAUAAAUUAUAUGUGUAUUUUGAGUGUUAAAUGAAUGUCCAAUGUAAAACUCACUGAACCCAAGUCGACAACGAUGACAGAGGACCGAGGAGAGCUCACGAGUUUGGAGGAAUGACUUUCACACAGAUAAACUGAAUAUCAUCUCUGUCCAGGAGAAACCUUGUAUCCCCCACUAUUUUAUUAUUAUUAUUAUUACUAUUUUACAUUCAUUCUUUAUUCACUAGAAAAUAUAAAUCAGUACUACUGGUCAGUCUCCAUGAGUAUAUGUGUAUGAUAAAUCAUUUAUUAACCAACUUUAAUAUUGAAAUGAUAAUUUAUUUGGAAAGUUUGUGAUUUAUGAAUUGAUAAGUAAACAAAGAAAACAAUGAGAAGUGGAGAAACAAGGUUUCUGCCUGACAGGUAAGAUAUGUAUGUAAGCUGCUUGCACCUACUGUGUAUUCCAGAACCCUUUUGCCCUUCUGUAGCAUGCUGAUCUGGAAUCAGUGUUUGCUUUGCCAUAACUGUAGCUCAAAAUUCAGGUAUGAUGAAUCUGUAAACACAGAAUAAUGGAGAUGUGUGAAGCAAGCGUAGCAAAAACGUAAUGUACAAUAAGAAAAAAGAAAAAAAAAACUGACACACAACAGCACGACACAUUUUGCCUGAUGUCUUGGACUUCUGAGAAAGCCUUGUUGCAGUCUUCCAUCAUUUAAUCUCCUGAAAGACACACUACUUUUGAAUGCAUUUAAUUUUGUGUCUGUGUUUAAUUUCACCAUGUUUGAAUUAGUUCAGGAAAUCUCUGGAAUUAGCACCAGCUGGUAACCCAGUUUAAAUUAUUGAUGCUUUGCUAAAUAGCUGAAGUGUCCUCACUUGAGGUUAUUUACAGGAUAUGAAGUGUUAUAGUAUCCAUUCUUUAGAACAUGGGUGGGGAUCCUAUGGCCCGUGAGGCCGUUUUAUCUGGCCCCAAUAUAAUUUUAAUGUUAUGCAAUUUCAUAUGAAAUAUGACAUCUUUUGUAAAGCAAUUUUAGAAAUUACAUUUGCAAUACAAUGGAGUUAUAUUUUCAGAAAAUUUGGCUGCCUUCAAUAUAGGCCUAGAGUGCAGGGGGAAAUCCUGGUUUGUGUUGAUAAUACGACCCCUGGAGGACUUCCUAAAUGUGAAGUGGCCCUUCGAAUUAAAAAGCCUCCCAACCCCUGCUUUAGAACAUGUACUGAGCACACAAACACCAAGGGGAAAUAACAUGCCAUUACUAUUUUACUUUUUUUCUACCAGUAUAACAAUGCUGCUACCUGAAUUCUUUGAGAAUGCAAAUUAGUCUUGCUUUUAAAUGAGGACAUCUGGAAUAUUUUUCAGGAAAAAGAACAUUUUGUCCUUUAUUAGUCUUUGUAAAUGUUGGUCUGUCUUAGCUGCCUGUGAGUGUUGUUCUUGCAUUCUUGCACUAAUGUUUUAUUCCUUUUUAAUAACAAU